CCAUCUUUUUCCUUACCUACUUUCCAAUUUAGUAAUAUACAGACAACAGAGUUCACGCAUUUUCCUUCUGACUCAGUGGGUGUAUUGUUCUGCUGUCUGAGAAUUCAGGUGUUUUUGUGUUCUGGGACAAUGGAUUUCUUGGCAACAUCUGAAGGCCAAUUGGUUGUUGGUGUUGCCGUUGGUCUAGCUGCUGUAGGUGCUGCAUACGUCUUGUUGACAUCCAAGAAGCCCAAAGUGUGCUUGGAUCCUGAGAAUUUCAAGGAGUUCAAGCUUGUCAAAAAAACACAACUCAGUCAUAAUGUGGCUAAGUUCAAAUUUGCUCUUCCUACACCCACUUCUGUGUUGGGCCUUCCUAUAGGACAACAUAUAAGCUGCAAGGGUAAGGAUAGUCAAGGUGAAGAUGUCAUCAAACCAUAUACUCCAACUACUUUAGAUUCAGAUGUUGGAUAUUUUGAGUUAGUUAUAAAGAUGUAUCCUCAAGGAAGAAUGUCCCAUCAUUUUAGAGAAAUGCGUGAAGGUGAUUAUCUGGCUGUGAAAGGACCAAAGGGACGCUUCAAGUAUCAGCCAGGCCAAGUAAGAGCAUUUGGGAUGAUUGCUGGAGGUUCUGGAAUUACGCCAAUGUUCCAGGUUGCUAGAGCAAUUCUUGAGAACCCCAAUGACAAAACAAAGGUGCAUCUGAUUUAUGCUAAUGUUACGUUCGAUGACAUUCUGCUAAAGGAUGAAUUGGACAGUCUUGCUAAAAACUAUCCUGACAGAUUCAAAGUUUACUAUGUACUCAAUCAACCUCCUGAAAUAUGGGAUGGUGGCGUUGGAUUCAUCUCAAAAGAAAUGAUUCAAGCUCACUGCCCAGCACCAGCCUCCGAUAUCCAGAUCCUGAGAUGUGGUCCGCCUCCGAUGAACAAGGCGAUGGCCGGUCAUCUGGACGCACUUGGAUACUCGUCGGAGAUGCAAUUCCAAUUCUAGUUCUGCCCCAAGACAUAAUUUUAUUCUACAUUUCUGGAGAAAACUGUUCUUGAUUUGCACAUUGUAACAUUGGGAAUUUUUUCUUAGUUUCAAUGGAAAUACUGUGAAGAGAAAUUUGUACUGUCAUCAAUCAUAAUAACCCCAUUUCCCCUUAAAUUUGUACUAUGAGAUUGAUGAGGUGUUUACAAGGGCAUAACAUAAAUGCUGUCAGCAUAUUGUUGAUUUAAGUUAAAAGUUAAGAGUAAUAUUU